GUCUCCUGCAUGGAGGUGUUGCACCAAAUUGCUUUUCUCAAAGAACGUACAACAUGGUGGCAGGAAGACCUAAUCACCCGGUAAAAUUAAAUGAAAUCCACAAUACUGAACUCCAUGACAGGCUGGAAAAGAUACAGAAUGCUGCUACUGUUGAAGAAGCAAGAUUGGCCAUUUUUGAUGCUUCAGAAAGCUUGUCAAUCCUUGGAGCAUUACGGCACAUUAAAGACCUUGAUUUGGUCCUUGAAGCUGCCCAGGAUUACUUUGAGGGGAGAGUAAAAGUAGGACUGGAACAGUUGGCAGAAGGUUUGGAGACAUUUGGCUUAGCAGAGGCUAUCCGUAAGCACCCCUCCGAAUUUGAAGGUCUGUUUUUAAAAUCUUCAAAAUCCUUAGUGGCCAAGGAUCUAAUAAGUCUGUUUCAGCCCAACUUUUCACCACGUGGAAGCAACCGGCGGCGUGAGGAGAACAGAGUUCUUUGCUUUUGGAGAGACUGGCUAAUUAACGUGGAAGGUGGCCAGUGUAUCCCUGUGACCCUGGAAAAGGUGCUCAUCUUUGCAUCAGGACUUGACAGACUCCCUCCCCUGGGAUUUCAAGUCCCACCGUCUUUGGAAUUCCUGCAUGCAACAGGGUGCCGGAGACCGCUACCAGAAGCGAAUACCUGCUCUGUUUGCAUUAGGUUGCCUAUUCACCCCACCUAUGAGGAUUUUGAGCACUGGAUGAACUCUGCAAUCAUACAAGCACCUACAUUUGGGCUUGCUUAAUGCAUUUUGAGAAUGAAUCAAAUUUUAGAUAACCUUUACUUGGCUUUAGAUAUUCUGUCCCCACUGUCCUUGCAGCCCCAGUGCACAACAAGUCAUAAGAGCUUUGUUCUUUUAAUUGUUUGGAACUUAAAACAGCUGUGAUUUUUUUUUUUUCAAAUAUUUCAAUAUUAGAAACAGCCACAGUAUUUACAAGUAAAUCCCACAUAGAAUAGAGAUUUGUAAGAAUUCUGCAAUUAUGCAGUCAACCCGUUUGGGAUAGUUGAUAAGUCACUGAAAUAUUAUGAUUUGAAAUGUUGCAUGUCCUUUAUUGCCUCAUCGUCAGCAUAACAACCACUCCCUCACAACUCCACACAGGCCCCAGUAGACCCAUCCCCCACCACACCCACUAGACUGUUGCCCCCUUCAAAAUACAAAACAGAAUGUUUUUUCCACGUCUUUUAUUUGUUCAAAACAUGUACAACAGUUGUGAUGUUAAUGUUGUAAUGAAUGUAAUGAAUUAUCAGCUAUCUUCUAUCCUGUUACUAUGAUCACUCUCUUGCCUUAGUGAACAAAUGUCACCAAAGUCAUCAGCUAUGUUACAAAGAAAUGCAAUUUUGAGUAAAUUUGUCUUUUAUUCACGUCUUUUAUUUG